AUGCUAUACUCGCCGUUGGAUACUGCGGUGUUGUACUCGCCAUCUCCGCUGGGCACGGUCCCUUCGCCCUCUUACUUUGCCUCGCUUCGCUACCCGCUGGGUGCGGCGACUUCGCCCUUCGCCUCGCCGCUAGGCUCGAUCGCUACGGACGUCGACCCCUUUGAACUCGCGGUAGCGGUGAGGGCGCCGAGAACGGUGGCGGUCAUGAUUAGGGAUACCGCGCUGGAAGGCAGUGAUAGCGCGGCAGGCAUAGAGCAGACCCCUCUACCUUUCACUGCUUUCCUUCCCGACGACUACGUGCUUCCGGAGGACGUCGACGAGGAACCGCUACCGUUCCCCGGUUUGCCCUCGUGGGAGCUUGCGGUACAGAUGCAGGCGCAUUACAUCGAACCCAAGCUACCCCGGGCGUUGGAGGCGAUGCUAGGUGAUGACGAUUCGGCCGACGGGGCUCAUGCACUGGCUGCAUCAUCUCCUCCGUCUUAUACGCUUCCUUCGGUUCCCUCGACACUUGAGGCGAUGGUCUUGGGCACGGCGAAGGCGAGCUUGGUCUCCGUGCAGCCGCGCUCGUUGGUUUCGAACCUGAUCGGACUCGGGAGCGGUGGAGGCAUCUCGCCUGCGGUGGCACCCAAGUCUGUGAACUCGCAAGGGACAGAUGUGGACCUUGCGGAAAAGCUCGCGGUUGACGCGCACGACAUCGUAUUCAUUGACGCCGAGAGCGAGGACCCGCUCGCACCGUCGACAAGUGCGGCACACAGCGCAGAUCCAGCCAUAAAGCUAGACGGGCCUCUACAUGAGACGAAGGGUUCACAGGGCAAGCAAGCCGCGUCGCCGCUGGGCGAAUUGCCUCUGCCCGACAUGGACUUUGCGUCGACGAUGGUGUCGGCGGUGGAGGGGUUGUGGAAUGGGGCUUGA